UAGGCUGCGGUGCGGAGUCCGUGAGGCCCUUCCCGGCUCGGCGCUAGGAGGGAAACGCGGCGCGCGGGGAUGGAAGCGGACGGCCCCGGGAGGUAUUAUACUCCUCUUCAGCCUGGAUUUUAUCCUUUUACUUUCCAUGAAAUGAUGACUGCGUCACCAAACAUGGAGAUGAUGAAUGAGCAACAAGCUGUUCAGGGAGUUUUGGAUCCAAACUUCAUUCAGGAACCUCUUCAAGCUGCUACAAAAGGAAGAAAGAGAAAAAAUAAAUCUACUGAACCCAAAAAGCCUGCUGCUAAAGCUGCCAAGUCAAAAGGCAAGCAAGAGAAAAUCACAGACACUUUCAAAGUCAAAAGGAAAGUGGAUCGUUUUAAUGGUGUAUCUGAAGCUGAAUUGCUGACCAAAACACUGCCUGAUAUACUGACUUUCAAUCUGGACAUUGUAAUUAUUGGUAUAAAUCCAGGCUUGAUGGCAGCCUACAAAGGGCAUCAUUAUCCAGGACCUGGCAACCACUUUUGGAAGUGUCUGUUUCUGGCCGGUCUUAGUGAACAACAGCUGAACCAUAUGGAUGACCAUACAUUACCACAUAAAUAUGGUAUUGGAUUUACAAAUAUGGUGGAAAGGACAACACCAGGUAGCAAGGACCUUUCCAGCAAAGAGUUUCGGGAAGGAGGACGCAUUCUGGUGCAGAAAUUACAGAAGUAUCAACCUAAAAUAGCAGUUUUUAAUGGAAAAUGUAUUUAUGAUAUUUUUAGUAAAGAGGUUUUUGGAGUAAAGGUUAAAAAGCUGGAAUUUGGACUGCAGCCACAUAAAGUUCCAGACACAGAAACACUUUGCUAUGUUAUGCCAUCAUCCAGUGCAAGAUGUGCUCAGUUUCCUCGUGCACAAGAUAAAGUUCAUUAUUAUAUAAAGCUGAAAGAGUUAAGAGAUCAGCUGAAAGGCAUUACAUCAACCACAGAGGUCCAAGAAGUGCAGUACACCUUUGACUUGCAACUUGCACAAGAGGAAGCAAAGAAAAUGGCCGUCAAAGAAGAAAAAUACGAUCCAGGUUACGAAGCAGCCUAUGGAGGAGCUUACAGUGAAAGAACUUCCGGUGAGACUGAACCAUGUAACUUUUCUUCAAAUGGAACAGCAUCCAAUGCAGAAUAUAGCAGUGGAUCUUCCUUUGGUGAUGUCCCCAAUGGACAGUGGAUGACACAAUCCUUCACAGACCAGAUUCCUGAAUUUAACAACUGUAGGCCACAAGAGGAGCAAGAAAACAAUGGUUAAAGUCUGCCUUUUCAGUCAUACCUAAGCACUGCAAUUUUUUUAUGUACUCACUUGUCAAGAAUGGUACCUCAGUUCCCCAACUGAAGCAUUUAAUAGCAUUUUAUCUCAGUUUUCUUAUGAUAGUUCUACCCAAUUGUGUUGUAGAUUUAGAUCAAUGAGUUAGGUGACUGUAAGAAAAUGUCCACUGUUUUUAAGAGAAAGAGACUUCCAUUUUUUUUGUAAGAGGCUUUUUGUAUUUAAAUAGUUUCAUAGUUAGUUUUAACAGGUCUUCACAAAUGAAAAGUCAAUUUAUCUCUUGUUUUAAAUCUGUAUUUUGUAAUGUAGAGGUCUGUGAACAUCUGUGUUUAACUUGCUCUUUCCUUUGUUGAGAUAUUUCAUGUUUGGUACAUCUGAGGAGGUGGAAAGUCUCUUAUAGAUCUAAGAUUGUUAGUGGAUAGGACUGUAGCAAGAUAUUAAUGUCCAGCUCUUACACAGUCAACAAAAUAGGCCUGCCCUUAGUUCUCUACAAAAGUGAGGGAAUCCUGUUCUACAGUAACUAGCUUUGUUGCUUUUUAAGAAAAGAGCCCGAAUCCUUCACUCAGUCCUGGUUCAUGCCUGCAGGCACUUUGUGAUCAGUGGCAGCUGAAUUUGUGAAUAUGAUUCCCCUGAAAACCUAGAGAUGAGCCAGGUGUUCUUCGGGUUCACUUUUAGUUGAAAACCGUAGUUUGCUAUCACUUUUUCACUCUCCUACUUGUUUCCUGUUGUAUUCCUUCUCAAGUGGUCCCAGACAAUCGGGAUCAAGUGUUGAAUGUGAUCUUGCAAUUCUAUCAGAUCUGGCUAUUUGCUGACAUCAGCUAAAUGUAUGAAGCAAAUUUAAGGCGAAGAUAGUGCUUUCUGUUCAGAUCACAUGGAUCAUUCUAGCCGAUUGCAAUCUGCUAGGAAUGAAAAAAGAAGACCUUAUAGUACUUUCAUAAGGAUCCCUGAAGGUGGACACCUCUUGAUUUUGGCAAAGUGCUCUCCCCCCCCUUCUUUUUUCAUGUCAUCUUUAAAAUACUUGUAAGGAAAGUAUUAUCUGCAGUGGAACUUUCAAUCAUGCAAGUCAUUUGACACUGCAGUCACUGCACAAUAAGCAUGUAUGCAUGAACUCUUAAAUCUUUAAUGUCUGUGACAUGGGGAGAGAUGUCAAAGAGAGAAAGAUAUGGGGAGAGUACCUGUGCUUCUGAGUGCCUGCUUUCAUUCCACUUUAGCUCAAGGAGGGGGACCUACAGCAGCCCUGUUCUAUUCAUUUCCUUCUUGUUAUCUGAGUUUUCAGCUAUAGUUCAGCUGUUAGGAGAAUGACCUCUUGGAAUGGAAGGAUUCAGUGUUUUAGAGAGUGACCUUGAAAGGAAGCAAACUUCUUUGUACAGGUUUCUAAAAUAUGGAUAUGCCACCAGAAAGAAAGAGAGAAAAUUUGGAGAUAGAAAGCUUGAUCUCUGAGGUUUCAGUCUUGCUAUGGUUUUGUUUCCUCUCUAGCAUUCCACUUCAUUGAGCAAAAUAUUGCUGAUCGGACAUUCAAGUAUUAGGCAGCUACAAAACCGAACAUGAGGAAUUAACAUUGCUAUCCACUAAUAAAGCUCUCCUUAAAUACUUGGGGCACUGUCCACUUGAUCUGCAGGCCUAGAACCAGAGUGUAGAGUCCAUUAGGAUUCAGAGCAGUACUUUCCCCCCUUUUAUCUAUACAUAUGUACAGGACAUUGGGAGAGUGGAAGAUUUAUGCAUGCCUCUCAUAUUUCCAUCCAGUCCUCUCUGUCUGUGAGCAAUUUGAAAUGCAUGAUGAGAAAAGGCUUGAUAGGGACAAGAGAGAUGCACAUGUUCCUCCAGAUAUCCUACUAAGUUGUCUGGAUGUGGCAGGUGAGAGAAAUAAUGGAGAAAUAGACUCCAUUAGCCCUCUGUGGGCAAAUGCUGUGUCCACAAGGCAUGUGGAUCAUGCCCAUUGUCUUUCCUGAAAUUUUAAAUGUAUGUGUUCAGCUGUGCCUAAACUAGUAUUUUGCUCCUUUGUUCACUUUUUCUUUUCUUUGUCACAGCAGGGAAGAGAUGACUUAAAAGCAAUAAGAGGCUCAAAUGGUAGUUUGGUAAUCUUAUAAUGAGGUGCUUUGGAUACUUGAAUUAUGCACAAGAAAUUCUCUCCAUCUUGUGUACAUAGGGAUCUAAAUUAUUUAACUACACCACAAACUGCUGGAUUUUUCCUUUCGUUACUUGUAUCUGUUUGUAUUAGCAAUGACGGCUUGAGUGGAUCAAUUUAAAGUAAAUCUGUAGUCUGUUAGCAGCUUAAACCUUUUUAUGUUCUGAUCUGCUUUUUGUUAAGAGGUAAGCAUGUUCAUGGUCCCCCAUGCAAUUAUGUGGCUUAAAAUUCUGGAGCACAUAUUGGAUCCAAAGUACUGUUAGCAGUAGGCAGAGAACAUUUAGCAGUCUUCUGCCAGGAUGUAAGUUGGACUUCCUGUCUUUAAUGGGGUGCCUUGUUGCAGCUGGUAUGGGUAGAGAUGGGUUCAAAGGGAAACACCUAGCUCAUAAUGGCAAGUCUGGCCUACUUUCCCUCAGCUGGGAAUCUGCUCAGUUCCCAGGCAGAGUUGGGGAGCCAUGGUGCUGGACCUGGAAGGAAGCGGCUGCAGUGUAAAAAGAACUGAAAAUACAAUGUUUGUGCUUUCUGUGGCUGUGCAUCAGCUUUCUGCUCUUGUUUUCUGAUGCUGCUAAGUAGGGGCAACUUAACCUUUCAAGACCAGCCAGCUAGACAGACAGGACUUUGUUAAGGAUCUUGAUUGGGAGGCUUCAUCUCAGUUGAGUCCUAUUGGGUUUGGGGUGGCCGCUGCUGCCUAUGUGUUCCACUACUGAAAGAACUACACUUGAUUUGAUGAAGUUUUCUUAAGAUAGUGCCUACCUACUAAUAUGCUCUUCAGCUAGGGGAAAGGGCAUCUUUGGAUCCAGCCCAUUGUUUUAAAUUAAGAUUAAGACACAUAUUCUGGUUCUGAUCAUGUUGGUUAUUCUCCAUGAAAAUCGUUCGUUGUAUGGUCAGCAGUGUAUAAAAUGAUUCACUUAUUUUAUAUGUAUCAAUGUUUACAUGGACUCUUUUUUGCAAGUGCUUGAAGUGCCUUGCAUCAGGGAUCUGGAACUAUUUUAUAUUUAACAAACUGCUUACCAUUGCUAAAGGAUAUUUCAGUAAUAACUAUCAUGGAAAUGAAAGAAAGUAUCUUGUUUUGAAAGAGGCAUCUGUUAUAUCACUUGGGAGUAAAUGCAAAAUAACAGGUUAAAUGUGAAUGUGCAGACAUUCUCAAACAUGGUGCUUUAAAUAAAAUUUAAACAAUU